UCAUGCUGCUGCCAGGUCCAGAGUCUCUCAUGGGUCCCUGUACGGCCUCCCAUUGCUGCUGUCUCCAUCGCCACACUCUGCCAUGUGCCACUUUCAGGUCUCCUCACACUGCUGGGUGUGUUCCAUUUUUGUCAUAGGGUGCUGGCAGAUUACGGGCCUCCCAUAGCUGCUGCCAGGCCCCUAAUCUGCCAUGGGCCCCUAUACCGCCCUCCUCAUGCUGCUGCCAGGUCCAGAGUCUCUCAUGGGUCCCUGUACGGCCUCCCAUUGCUGUGUCUCCAUCGCCACACUCUGC